AUGGGUUUUAUCAAUGAAAGUAAUCAUUCGUUAUCAUUUUCAUUUGAUGAUGAUACAGAUUUUUCUCAUAAACUUAAUAUCAUACAAGGAUGUAUUUAUAUUCCAAUUUUUUGUGCUGGCAUAGCUAAUAAUUUAUUAACUAUCUUAAUUAUUUUACUAAAUCGAGAUAUGCAUACAGUUACGAACUGUUAUUUACUAAAUUUAGCUAUAAGUGAUAGUUUACCAUUAAUUGUUAGUUUACCAUUUGAAAUAGCGUUUUUACCAAUUACAGUACCAUGGGGACAACUUGGUUGUAAACUUCGAAGUCUUCUUGCUGAAACUUCUACAAAUGCAUCAAUUUUAACCAUUAGUGCAUUUACAAUUGAACGUUAUUUAGCUGUAUGUAGACCACUUCAUACAUCAUUUUUAUCAACAACUCGACGUGCGAUUAAAAUACAAAUAUUCAUAUGGUUUAUUGCAAUCUUAUCUUCGACACCUUAUUUAUAUAUAACAAAAAAAGUCCAUAAUUUUUGUUCAUUCGAUCAAGAUUUUCAUUUAUUAAUUAAAAUAUGUUUUUAUAUAUCGGCAACAAUUUUUUUUGUAUUACCCGUAUUUAUUCUUUGUAUAUUAUAUGCAUUAAUGGCACAACGUUUAUAUUCAGCUGGUUUACUUCAUGGUGUACGUUUGUCAAAAAUUAGUAGAAGAGAAUCAUAUUCAAUAUCAGGACAUUUAAGAAGUAUUGAAAAUGAUAAUACUGGUUUAGAAUAUAAAUUUAAAAAUUUUUCUCGUUCAUCAACACGUUCUCUCAUGAGAAAAGAUCCAUCUAUACGACGUAAUAAUAGUUUUACAGCUACACAACAAUUAAAUGUUCCAUCAAUGAAAAAAUCAGCUUUUAAAAUGCUUUGUAAGUAUAUUUAUAUGAAUUAUUUAAAAAAAUAUCAUAUUGAUUAUAAUAUAAAAUAUUCUAUUAUGAAAUAUUAUUCACCAAAUUAA